CAUGAACAGAGGACAAGCCAUCACUUAGUAUGGCUAGUGAUCUAAGAGGCAGGGGGCAUGGCUUCAAAGCCGCGCCUUUUCCUCCAGAAACAAGGGCUCCUCGGACAGACACAGAGAACCACCGUCACCCAGCAGAUCCUUCUUGUGCCCAGUACUGUUCGGUGUCAGGUGGGAACCACAGCUUCAGGUUGCUGCUGGAAGAAACUGCUUUCCAGGCUUUGAUCGAUGAGCCUUGGCUCAGAAGGCCGCUCCCUGUCCAUGACAUCCUGCCAGGGGCAGAAGAUAGUCUCCUCUCUCUUCCCUUUCCAAAAAAGCUGUGGAGAAUUGUCAACAGCAAUGAGUUUGCAUCAAUUUGGUGGGAUGAUGGCGGGACUUGUAUAGUGAUCAAUGAAAAACUGUUUCAAAAGGAGGUCCUGGAAAGGAACAGCCCCAACAAAGUGUUUGAAACAAAGUGUAUGAAGAGCUUCAUCCGCCAGCUAAACCUCUACGGCUUCAGCAAAAUGUGUCUGGACGGUCACAUGUCGGUCCGCCUCACCAGAGUUGUCAUCCAGGAAAGACCAGUCUAUGUCACGAGCAAGUUGCGGUUCUACUGCAGCCCCUACUUCAAAAGAAACUCCCCUCACCUCCUUGUGAGGAUGAAGAGAAGGGUGGGCAUUAAAUCUGCAUUAAGGCAGAAGAGGAGCCAGGCAGAAGCCCUGGAAUCCCCUCCAGUACUUACAGCCACUGAGCAACAAGAUCCAGCAUCUACAAAUGAGGACAACGAAGAGAUACCAAAGAGCCAAGAACUUGACAGUCCUGCCACCCAAGUCAGGAGUGACUCUGCUCCGCUAGGAAUUCCCGUGACAGUUCCGGAGCCCACCGUGGUGAGUGACGACGCUCCAAUAACCCAGCCAGCCAUCAGGCAGCCCAAGAGCAGCCAGGCCCACGUUACUCAGUUGGGGGAUGUCACUGCAGAGCUCCCCUGCGUGUUCUUCACUGUACCUUCCACCCAGAUUGAUUCCUACGGGCCUGUGGUGGGUGUCCCUGCCACGACCCCCAGGAUUCUCAACGUGCACAACACACAGCUUCCUUUGCCUGGACUGUUGCCUUUCUGUCAUCACUGGGUGGCUCUGCCUGUCUUGGCUGCUUGGCCUGCCGCUUCCGUCUCGGCGUUGCCUCACCCUCCAACACCAAUCCAUUCCUGUCCCCACUGCCAUUGUGUGUUAGAAUUCAUGCCAGGCACUGCUGGGAUCCAGGGGUACCCAGACCAUGCAGACUAUCACAGGAGAGAUGCUGCACCACUUGCUCUGUCCUUGAUGAUCUGCGACCCGGUGUUUUCUGGGCAAUGUUGGCUCAGGGACCCCCCUGACCCCCUGACACACACACAGUGGCCAGUGAGACACGUCAGCACAUCGGGCGGAUGA